GCACCCGAGUCCCAACACUUCUACCACCCCUCCGCAAGCUGCACAGAGAUAACGCCGUGGUCCCCCUCCACCGCGCCCCCAACGACCCAGCAUCCAUAUAUCAGCGCCAGCUCUAGCCACGCAAAGCUCCCCGCCUUCGCCCCGCUCGCUGUCUCUGGCGUCUAGCAAUCGAUGCUGGCGACUCUGUAGCAGUAGUAGGCACCAGCAACGGGCGUGAAACGUGUCCUUAGAGCAUUCUCCCCAACCCGUCCGGCACGAGCCAUCCACGUACACGAGGCGCGGUCAUCGGCUUUGUGACGCAUCGCCUUGUUUGAGAUCCUCCCUCUCACCCCUCUAGCCGAUCCCGCCCAAAGCACCGCAAACAACCUUCACCCUCCCUAUCUCUCGAGCCGCGCGCAGAAGAGUGCCAGCCCGCCAGCGCCAGAAUACCAUUUGAAUGAGCCCUUCGCCCGACCACGCUGCCGACCUCACCCAUCCCUAUUCAAACGUCGGCUAUCUCUACCAGCAGCAGCGGAACCGCCCCAAAGCCCUGGAGCACUUGCAGUCGCGCGGCCGGCACAUUUCGAGAUAUGAGCUGGGAAGAAAAGAUAGGUACGGGGAGCGCGUCACACGCAUCUACCCGCGAGAGUUAACCAAAUCCCCGCCCUCACGAUACCCGACCGGUUCCCCCCCAGCGCAGCCUCCUUAUAAUGCUACAACUUCCCCACUGCUGUCGGCUCUGGGCACGACUACAAACACUGCGGCACAAUACACGAGCGAGUGGACGAAGUCCUUACCCUUCUUUGCCAACCAGCCACCUCCAACCAACGGCAUUAGUAUCAGUGGAUCACCUCCGAUCCAUCAUUCUCCAGCAGGACAAGGAGGCAUGUCAAGCUCGCCCCCCGCACCCGGAAUGAGGCCACUGAGCCACCCGAACCACUACCCUAGUUUCGGCGGGCGGCUGCAGCCCUCUCCCAAGCAGUCGCCCGGGAGAGAUAGGCGAGCUUCCAUGUACUCACAGUACGGCGCUCGGACUCCAUUCCAGAACAACCCACCUCUCCCCCAUCAACCACAAGCUCACUACUAUAAUCUUCCUGAUUUCGAUCUGGGCUUGACUCCACCUCCUAGUGACGGCACUAUACCAGGAGAGCAUGGGUACUUUUGUGGGUUCGAUACUAUCUGCAUGGGGGGAGAUGACGCUUCGCAGAUAGCUGAGAAUGUGCUCCUGGUUGGUUACGAGGGCGGGCUUGAGGUUUUCAGAGUCGAGAAGGGAAGGAUGGACCUGGUCGGUCGACUUGAAGGUCUAAAGGGGAGUGUGAUUGGCGCGAAGAUACUUCCCUGGGCAUCAAGAAGAGACCCACUAGCCUCUACAAGACCUCUCAUAGUCCUCAUCAUUCACGGUCCGGCUGUCGACGACGUUAGUGCUGGAAGUGCGUCUAACUCGGUUGCUGUCACGGACGAACAUGACGGCUCGUCGAAUUCUCCCAGCAGGCCAGCGUCCAAUAGCGGCAACCCUGCUGUGAACUCGAUCUCAGGCUACCGGACCACCCUUGAGGUGUAUUCCUUGAAAGAGAGGAAGCACCUCUCGACGUUGUAUACAAGCCCACCUGUGCCCAUAACAGAUCCAAUCGAAAGUCCGAUGUUCCAACCUCCACCCCCCAUAGGCGACUUUGUAGUUGACGCAAAGGGCAAAUUUGUCGUCCUAGCUUCUGGAGCUAGCGGGGAGGUCUUCGUCUUCGCUCCCUACACUAAAGUUAAUACCGAGACCCUGGGUACAUUCCGGUGCAUUGGUAAAGUUUGGACUUCAGUCCAGUUCCGGGAUCGUGGAUCACAUUCUAGUUCCUCAAGUGCAGCCGAUGUGAACAGUCACGAAGAACAAGUCCCCGAGCAAUAUGGCGUGCCUUUAUUCUCUCUUAGUGACCGCUGGCUAGCUGUUGCGCCUCCUUCAUCAACAACACUCCUCCCGAUCGAUGGUGUUGCAACGACAUCGAAGUCACACGAACGACCUCCAGGCUUAGCUCACCACUCUGUUCCACCUCAGCCUGCGCCGACAUGUGCAGUCGACGCUCCGGAGCCCGAUGGCUUACUGAAUCGACUGACAAGAGAAGGUACUCAAGUUGCCCUAAAAGGAGCACGGUGGGCUACGGAUAAGGGAAUUCAGGCUUUCAAAAGCUAUAUGGGUAAAUCGGCACAGCCGAAUGGAACCGCCAAUGGUAACUAUGGCACAGAUCCGUUCAUACAAACACAGCAGCCUUACUUUCCACCAACCCACGGACAUCAUCAAGCUCAACCGAGACCGGAGUCUACGGUCAUAUCUAUACUAGACCUCCAGAAGCUAGUCGAGGCGGAAGAGUCGAAGAACAAAAACGCUCUCCAUCCCGUGGCCACUUUGCCAGCAGCCUUGGGAUGCAGUUUUAUGUCCUUCUCUCCCAGCGGACUGAUGCUUAUGACCGUCAGCAAGAAAGGCGACUUCCAGGACGUCUGGGAUCUGAAGCGUAUAAAUCACCGGAAAGCUCGCAAGUCAUCAAGAGAGAUCUCCUCUGGCCCUCACGUCCGCCAGGUCGCCCGAUUUGCACGCAUGACUGUCACAAACGUGAUCGACGUCGUCUGGUCUACACCACGUGCCAAUCGCUUAGCUGUGAUCACCGACAAAGGCACCGUCCACAUGUUCCUUAUGCCGGCGUCCGCGUUCCAAUGGCCGCCUUCUCGCCGUAUCAGGAAGUCAGACGGCGCUUCUAAGACUAAAUCUGACGAAAGCAACAACACUCCUACCGCUCGACCUAGCGCGGUCAAUUCGGCUAUGCAAGCUCUCAACGGGACAGCAAAGCCCUUCCUCAACGCCGUCCGUACUCGUAGCGGGAGCAGUAACGGUUCACGCUUCCCGUCCUUCAGUAGCCUUGGUCUGGCACCUGCAGCCGGCGCGAAGAGCGGUAAAGCAGUAGCAGCUGGGCUCGGGAAGUCUAUUGGCGCGGCAACAAGCAACAUCCGCCACGCAGGCGACAAUAAGCUCACCCUACCACCUUCACAAUCUGGUGUCAAACCCUGUAGCGUGCGCUGGUUGACAGGGAAGGGCCACGGUUCCAUCGCACUCGUUGCAGGUGGUAUUCUUCAGAUUUACAAGAUCCAGAUGCGCCCCGCAACAGGCAAAGGCAAGAGCAAAAAUGCAACCGCUAUCUCGAAACGCAAAAUCGUCGAGUUUGGCCUCAUGCCUGUACGUGGCUCUAUGUUUUCACCCGCAGUCAUUGCUCUGCUGCAACCGGACGAGGAGAGACCUCACGAACUGGAACCCACCCGCGAUAUGGACAUCCACGGGGAGUGGAUUCCCCGCUCGUUACCGAACCGUCGUGGUAGGGGUGGCAUCGCAGGCGUGGCAGGCGGGAAGAAAUCCCCUGCACCCGCGCCGCUCAGCCUAGCAGAGAUUGAGACAAACCCACCUUACCAGCCCUUCUACACCGACCGUCGCGUUGCACGGUUCCUGUUCGCAAAGCCGGCCCCGCAGGACGAGCAUCAACAUCACAGCUACAGUGAGUGGGACCAGCCGCCCAUGUCUCCCAUGCAGCCAUCGUCGCAGAACCUUCACGUAGAUGACGGUAAUGCGUGGGUGUUUGGAGAUGAAGUUGACGCCGUGCGCAUCUCAACGCCUGCACAACAGCUUUACGACAUAGGCGAGGGCGAAGGUGGAGAUGGCGAUGAAGGUGCGGUUGCGGCAGCGGUGCAGAACAAGGUCGUGCUGAGGGAUGGGGAAGAGGAGGUGGAGCAAGUUGUUGUCACGACACGACGUCGGCGUGUUCGCCGGGGUGAGGGCGAGGAGGGGGAAGAGGGCUUCUUCGAGGAUGAUUGCGAGGUGUUGGACUUUGCAGAGGAUAGAGUAUGAAAGGUGAGGAGUGCCUUCUUGGCGCAGUUUGAUAUUUACGGGCAUUCAAGGCAGAUCUCUUUGGCAUUUUGCUCUUUUCCAGUCUCUGCUUUGCUCUGGUUGGUUCCUUGUCGGCGUACUGGACUCGCAGGAUGGGAUUAGAUGGGUUCGAGCGGGCGUAGGGUUGCUUUUGCGCUUGCUGCGGGAAGUAGGUGGCCAUUGUGGCUUGUGGAAUGGAUAUCUAGAUAGUGAAUUAAGACAGUCAUGUCU